CUAAGAAUGACAGCUAUGCGUUCCAGCGUCGUGACAACGACAACGAUAACUCUUACGGUUCUAAGAAGGAUAGCUAUGGCUCCUCUAACGACUCGUAUGGGUCUAAGAAUGAUAGCUAUGGUUCCAGCCGUCGUGAUAACGACAACGAUAACUCUUAUGGGUCUAAGAAGGAUAGUUACGGAUCCUCCAAUGACUCCUACGGUUCCAAGAAUGAUAGCUAUGGUUCCAGCCGUCGUGAUAACGAUAGCAGCUCUUACGGGUCCUCUGGUAACAACUACGGCUCGAAGAAUGACAGCUAUGGGUCUUCUGACUCCUACGGUUCUAAGAACCAAGGUGACUCGUACGGAUCUAGUGAGCGCUCUGGAUACGGUAAUUCUGGUUACUAG